AUGCAGAUCUUUGUCAACACUCUUACAGGCAAGACCAUAACCCUUGAGGUCGAAAGCUUAGACACCAUUGACGAUGUCAAGACCAAGAUUCAAGACAAGGAAGGGAUCCCACCAGACCAGCAGAGACUUAUCUACGCUGGUAAACAGCUCGAGGAUGGUCGCACUCUUGAGGAUUACAACAUUCAGAAGGAAUCUACUCUCCAUUUUGUUACCCGUCUCUGUGGUGGAAGCUUGUGA